AUGGUAGUUUGUAAUACGGGCUCUGUCCCCACAUACAGGAGGGUUAAUGCAAGUUCAGUCGUUGAUGUUACCUUCGCUAGACCACUACCCAACAAUCAUCCGCUAGUAACAGACUGGGAAGUGAUGGGGCACCAAUACUCGGCCAGCGAUCACGYCUAUAUAUCCUACGCUAUGGUGCAUCCGGUAUCUCGCCGUUUGAGAAAUACUCCGGCUAGAAUCUCGAUUCCAGGAUGGUCAAUUAAGAAGUUAAACCGGACGGUGCUGAAUCUCCAUUGGGACCUGGUCGCCGUUCCCCCGCGGUCAGAGGGUGACUCGGCAGAUAGCCAUGCGGACGACCUGAAUAACUUUCUAGUGGCUGCAUGCGACGCAGCGAUGCCACACAGAACUGCACUGACCCGCAAGAGGACAGUACAUUGGUGGAACGAUGAAAUUUCUGAGCUACGGAAAACUGCCAUUGUUGCCCUGAGGAGGUAUCAGCGCGCUGGCCGUAGAUCCAAUGGACUCACACGAGUGGCUGAGCGGGAAAUGUAUAACCUGGCCAGGAAGAAUCUCAAGUGUGCUAUCAGGCGGGCGCAAGAAAAGAGUUGGCAGGAGUUGUGUCUUGCAGUCGACAAAGACCCUUGGGGGGUCCCAUAUAAGUUGGUUACUAAAAGACUUGGCCGUCGUGCUCCAGCCUUGGACCGAGACACAAUUAGCAGCGUAGCUCGUGGUCUGUUUCCUUCACCACCCGCCACGGAAUGGGACCGCAUUCCCCUGGUAAUACAGCAACCUGUCGUUAUUAWUGAUCUUUCAGAUAUACCUGAUGACGCCCCUCUGGUGCCUUCCAUCACUAAGGAGGAAGUGAAGAGGGCUGUCGCAAGACUGCCGACAG